CAAUCGUCAGAUUUAUUUAUAAUUUUUAAUAAAUCCUAAAUAAUGUCAAAUUGUAAAGACUUUAACGGGAAAGUGGUUCUCAUCACCGGCUCGAGUUCUGGAAUCGGGAGAGAGAUUGCACUGUAUUUGUCGAGUUUGGGCGCACAGGUUGUCAUCACUGGUAGAGACGAAGAAAGGGUCCAAAUAGUGGCCGAGAAGUGUCGAGAAUUGUCUCAACAGAAAGUGCUGGAAGUGGUGGCGGAUGUGAACAGAUAUGAUGACAUCGAAAGACUCAUCUACGAGACCAUCGAUGAGUUCGGGAAACUCGAUGUUCUCGUCAAUAGCGCCGGUGUUUCCCAAUUGUCGCCCAUUUCCAGCCCAGACUUAAUGCAAAUAUACAACACAACUAUGGGUACGAAUGUUAAGGGAGUUCUCUAUCUCUCGAGUCUUUCGGUUCCCUAUUUGGAGAAAACCAAAGGGAUUCGUGUGAAUAGCAUAAAUCCAGCGUCAGUGCGAACGCCUAUAUUCGACAAAUUCGGUGUCCAAUCAUUCAGUUUGCAAAAUAUGAUUGAAAUGACGGCUAAAAGCUAUCCAUUGGGAAGGAUUGGAGAACCGAUUGAUUGCGCCAAAGCUGUGGCAUAUCUGGCCUCCGAUGACGCGUCCUUCGUAUCNUCACUCUUACCGCCCAAAGUAAGGGAAGCUAUGAAGUUGUCGAGACCUCAAGAGUACCAACGCCUCGCCGGAAGA